CCCAAAAUAAUUUGGCCAAAUUUAGUGCUUAAUGGGCUUAAUCAUCGAUGGGGAAUAGCAUUAAUAUAGUUCUUUAUAAGUGGAGAAUAGCCUCGGGAUGAAUCUGUGAUCUGUAGCCUCCGAAAUCGAAAGAAAAUGGCAUUUCGGAAUAAUCGCCCGAAAUUUGUGAUGGCACCCCUUUGGAAUCUGCCAAAAAUGGACCCGAAAUAAGUCUACCGGAAUCGGUGCUUAAGGAACUUAAUCAUUGUUGAAGAAUAUUCUCAGACCAAAUCCGUGAUCUGUAGCUUUCAAAAUCCAAGGAAAAUGACCUUUCGAAAAAAAUUGCCCAAAGAAUUACGAAAAUGCCAUCUCAAAAUAAUUUGGCCAAAUUUAGUGCUUAAUGGGCUUAAUCAUCGAUGGGGAAUAGCAUUAAUAUAGUUCUUUAUCAGUGGAGAAUAGCCUCGGGAUGAAUCCGUGAACUGUAGCAUCCGAAAUCGAAAGAAAAUGGCAUAUCGUAAUAAUCGCCCGAAAUCUGUGAUGGUGCCCCUUUGGAAUAUGCCAAAAAUGGACCCGAAAGAAAUCCAUCGGAAUCGGUGCUUAAGGAACUUAAUCAUCGUUGAAGAAUAGUCUCAGGCCAAAUCCGUGAUCUGUAGCCUUCAAAAUCCAAGGAAAAUGGCCUUUCGAAAAAAAAUCGACCAAAGAAUUACAAAGAUGCCAUCCCAAAAUAAUUUGGCCCAAUUUGGUGCUUAAUGGUCUUAAUCAUCGAUGGGGAAUAGCAUAAAUAUAGUUCAUUAUCAGUGGAGAAUAGCCUUGUGCCAAAUCCGUGAUCUGUAGCCUGCGAAAUAGAAGAAAAUGGCAUUUCGGAAUAAGCGCCUGAAAUCUGUCAUAGUACCCUUUUGAAAUCUGCCAAAAAUGGACCCGAAAGAAAUCCACUGGAAUCGGUGCUUAAGGAACUUAAUCAUCGUUGAAGAAUAUUCUCUGGCCAAAUCUGUGAUCUGUAACCUUCAAAAUCCAAGGAAAAUUGUCUUUCGAAAAAAAAAUCGCCCAAAGAAUUACGAAAAUGCCAUCCCAAAAUAAUUUGGCCCAAUUUGGUGCUGAAUGGGCUUAAUCAUCGAUGGGGAAUAGCAUUAAUAUGUUUAAUUAUGAGUGGAGAAUAGCCUCGGGCUGAAUCCGUGUUCUGUAGCCUCCGAAAUUGAAAGAAAAUGGCAUUUCGAAAUAAUAGCCCGAAAUCUGUGAUGUACCGUGAUGGGUCGUUUGUUUCUGACUCGAGUACUAUUGUCAAUUCUCAUGGUCAGGUGUACGACGGCAAGGUUGAGACUUUCUUGUGUUUGCAUCUGAUUCAGGCUGAAGCUCUUGGUCUCCUCAACGCCAUCCUGCUUGCGAUUCAUGAUUGGAUUCCUACCUGCAUUCGUACGGAUUUUCAGGUGCUAUCUCUUGCUCUCAAUAAGGACUCCUUGGCAUGGUCAUGGCAUUGUCGAGCUACCAUUGGUCAGAUGUCUUCCCUUCUUUAGUAUGCUCCUUGGAUCCGGAUUGAGUUUGUUCCCCGACGGCUUAAUCCGCUUGCAGAUUGGGUUGUUCGCCAAGCUAGGGCAACUUCGUUAUCUUUGGAAUGGAUCUUAAUUGUUAAUAUCAUUUUACCAUUGCUGUAACGAACAUUUGAUUUCUUUUCGGAUGGCAUAUAAGGAUCCUCUUACUGUGAAAAAAAGAUAUGUAACUAUAUAUUGAGUUAGUAUAAUAAAAUAUAAACUUGUUAAACCCCGUUGAACAAAAUUGUGAUUUAACUAAGGGUUGAUUUGGAAGUUGGGUAUUUAUCAUUUUUUUAUUUUAUUUCGGGACACCAUACAUGUAUUUGAGUUUCAAUGUUACAGUUAUAAUAGUAACUUAUCUUACUAAAUAUUAUGAAAAUUCAAAAUUAAUUUCUUAUAAGAUAAGCGUUUGGAAAAUUCACAAGUUGGCAACAUCGACACUUUCUUACAAACAAAAAUUUAAUUAAUAAUUAAUACUAUGUUUAUGGAACUAUUCCUCUUAUUUUAAUAUUUUCUCUUUUUGGGCUUUGAUGUGAAUGGUACAAGCCAAAGAAGAGUUACUGAAACAGCUACUACUAGUGGUAGCCAUGGCGGAAACCGGAAAAGAGUUGAAGAGGCUAUCGGGAAGACUAUACCGGAAAGCCCAGCCCAAACACAAAAAGACCCGAAAACAAAAACUUGCCCGAAAAAUGGACCGAAGGAUUAUCAGAUCACUAUCGCCGGCGGUGACGGUGACGGUUAUGGGCUUUGCACAUAAACCGGCAAUCGUAGAAAUAAAGCCCACCGCAAUGAAGUGGACAAUCCAGCCUCAUUCCUCUGCACUUGUAUCCUCUCUCUCUGGACUUCGCAAAUUCCCCCAUCAAACUCUCCCAGACUCCCCUCCCAAACAUCCCUCUCUUCCCCCGUCCACCACCACCUCCACAGCAGGCGGCUCGGCCACCACCACCGCCGGGGCUGCGGCCGUUGUAAGCCCAUUCCCGUAGGUCACAAAGGGAAUAAUUGUGGCUCAAGUGUACUUAUCACUUAAUGAUUUAAUAUAUAAGGUAAAUCUUAUAUUGAUUAGGUUAAUGAAAGGUAAAUUCCUAAUAUAACUUGAUGGUGGGUCUAUAUAAAUAAGCCCUAGGAUUGGUUCUCUCUCAACCCAUUACGUAGAAUUUCUUAGCCAUCACAGAAAUCUCUAAACCUAAACCCUAAAGGGGUCAAGAGGGAGAAACUCAAUUCCGGUGAUUACUACUCAAGCUACUGUCGCCGCUCUUGUCAUGGAUCAAGGUAGGUUUCCUCGAUCUAUUAUCGAUUCGUAAAAUCAUCUAAUUCUAAGAUCCAUGCUAUUAUGAUUUAUGUUUACAUGUGGUAUCAGAGCCUAAGGUUUAUAUGAAUGGAUGAUUUUCGAUUAUGUUUGUUUCGUAUUUAUUUUUCCGUUGCAUCAUCGUGUAUCUCUAUAUUUUGCGAUUAUGCUUAUUGAAUAUAAUUGAUGUUUGUUUGACUGUAUAAUUCGAUGUCCUGUUUUAUAAGCAUACAUUGCCUGAGUUAGUGGAUUGCCAUAUAAUUUGUUAGCAAUGACAUCUGACGUUCUUUACAAACAAGGGUUUUAAUCCGUUGACCAUUAUGGGUUGUGAUUCUAAGUUUUCUUUUUAAUCUGUUGAGUGAUUGCUUUGGCUUUAAGCUUACUUAUGUUAAAAUAUUAUCAUGAUUAUAUUAAGCAAUUAAAGAGAUAAGCUCUACGUAUGUGAGAUUGAGUAAAAUUGUUUUGCCUUA